AUGACAUCUUCGGAGCUUGAAAUUGUGUUCCCUCAUGUUGGUGUGGCUCUGACAUCCCAGGGGCACUCCCAAGGAGAGCGGCGCUCCAAGGGGCCUUGCCAAGGGCAUUGGCGCCCUCAAGAGCCUUCUCAGGUGAAGUGGCGCCCCAAGGACCCUCCCAGGGACGGCAGCGCCCCCAGGGUCCUUGCCAGGGACGGCAGCAACCCCAGGAUUCCUGCCAGAGGUGCUGGCGCCCCCAGGGGCUCUCCUAGGAACAGUGGCACUCAAGGGGCCCCCAAAAGAAUGGCGGCUCUCCCAGGGGCGGUGGUGCCCACAGGGUCCAUGCCAGGGACAGCGGUGCUCCCUGGGGCCUUCCAGGGAUGGUGGCGCUCCAAGGGGGCAGAGGCGGUGGCACCCCCAUGGACUCUCAGGGACGGCAGCGCCCCCAGGAGUUGUGGCACUCCUAGGGGCUCUCCCAUGGACAGCACCGCCCCUAGCACUCCUCGCAGGGUAUGGGAUGGCGGCGCCACCAGGAGCCAUAUCAGGGGCGGCAGUGACCCCAAGGGCUCUCCCAGGGACAGCGGCGCUCCCAGUGGUCCUCCCAGGGACGGUGGCGACCCCAGGGACCCUGCAAAGGGCUAUGGUGCCCUUAGGGAUUCUCCCUUCUUAGAGCACACAUCUCAGUGGCAGUAG